AUGAAGCCAUCGUUGCCAACAACGCUCACUUUGCUGGCGCAGCUCGCCCACGCCGCCGACACGAACGCCUGGAAAUCGCGAAGCAUCUACUUCGCCCUGACGGACCGCAUUGCCCGAAGCAGCAGCGACAAUGGCGGCGACCCGUGCGGCAACCUGGGCGACUACUGCGGCGGCACGUUCCAGGGACUCGAGGGGAAGCUCGACUACAUCAGGGGCAUGGGAUUCGACGCCAUCUGGAUCACGCCCGUGGUGGCCAAUGCCGCCGGCGGCUACCACGGAUACUGGGCUCAGGACCUGUACGCCAUCAACGCCCACUACGGCAGCGCAAACGACUUGAAGAAGCUCGUCGACGCCGCCCACGAAAAGCAAAUGUACGUCAUGAUAGACGUGGUAGCAAACCACAUGGGCCCGUCCGCCCUCGCCUCCCGCCAGCCCUCCCCCCUCGACCAGGCGUCGUCCUACCACCCCCCCUGCGCGAUCGACUACUCCAACCAGACGUCCAUCGAGAACUGCCAAAUCGCCAACCUCCCCGACCUCGACACGCAGUCGCCCGCCAUCCGCCGCCUCUACCGCAACUGGAUCCAGUGGCUCGUCAACGAGUACGCCCCCGACGGCGUCCGCAUCGACACAGUCAAGCACGUCGAGCACGACUACUGGGCGGGCUUCGCCUCCGCCGCGGCCGUCUACACCCUCGGCGAGGUGUUCCACGGCGAUCCGGCCUACGUCGCCCGCUACGCCGGCUCCAUGUCCGGCCUGCUCAACUACCCCGUGUACUACCCGCUCACCGACUUCUUCCAGCAGCGCGGCCACCCCCAGGCCCUGGUCGACAUGCACGACCGCGUGGGCGCCGCGUUCCCGGACCCCUCGGCCCUGGGCACCUUUCUCGACAACCACGACAACCCGCGCUUCCUCCACCAGGGGGGAGACGCGGCGCUGCUCAAGAACGCGCUCGCCUACGUGCUGCUCGCGCGCGGCGUGCCCGUCGUGUACUACGGCACGGAGCAGGGCUUCGCGGGCGCCGCGGACCCGGAGAACAGGGAGGACCUGUGGAGGAGCGGCUUCGGCACGGGCGGCGACUUGUACGGGUUUAUUGGCAAGCUGACGGGCGUGAAGAAGGCGGCCGGCGGGCUGGCGGGCGACGACCACGUCCACCUGUUUGUGGACGAGACGGCGUACGCGUGGAGCAGGGAGGGCGGCAGGGUGAUGGUGCUGACGAGUAAUAUCGGACGGGGGCACACGCGCGAGUACUGCUUCUUCACGCGGAGGCCGGGCGGGCGGUGGGAGGGCGUGCUCGACGGGGAGACGUAUGUGGCCGACGGGGAGGGGAGGCUGUGCGCGACUGUGAGGGACGGGGCGCCGGUUGUGUUUAGGGGGCUGAUGUAA